AUGUCGGCAGUGGAUUCAGUGCUCAAGCAGACAGCGCGAGACGUCGCCAAGGAGGCCGAGGUUCAACGCGUCCUGGCAGCCUUCAAGCUCAACCCCUACGAUGUGCUGGACCUCCCUGCGUUUGCGACAGAGUCCGAGGUCAAGAAACAAUACCGUAAGAAGUCGUUGAUGAUUCACCCGGACAAGUUCAAGCACGAGCAAGGACACGAGGCGUUUGAUUUGCUGAAAAAGGCUGAGAGCCAACUUUCCGAUGAGAACAAAAAGGCAGAGAUUGACUCUAUCAUGACCUAUUCACGCACUCAGGUGCUUAAAGCCGUUCUCGGUGCAGGAUAUGCGGUUGGCGUGACACCCGACGACCCACGACUGGCAGACCUCAAGCCGCCAUACGAGCACCAGAUCCGCGCCAAGGCCAAGGAGCUGUUCGUCGAGGACGAAGUGUCCAAGCGAAUGCGCCAGAAGAUGGUCAACGUCAACGAGAAGGAGGAGCGCGAGCGUAAGGAGGCCGAGGUCGCCAACCGCAAGCGCAAGCACGAGGAGAAGCAAAAGUGGGAAGAGAACCGCGAAGAACGUGUUGGCAACUGGCGUGACUUCAACAAAGACACCAAAGCCAAGAAGCUUAAGAAGGCAAAGAAGAACAUGCACGUUCUGGGCUAG